UUAUAACAGAAGGAUUUUCAAUAGUUAAUUUUGGUAAGACAAAUUUCACGCUUGACUUAAAACUAGCUACGUGAAAAUUUUUAAUCUUCUUAGUGUAUAUUGUAGUUUAAGAAAAUGAGGUAGUUUUUUUUUCUCGCUAUUUUUUUUUAUUUUGCUAUAUUACCAUUUUAAUAAACUAUUUGGGAUUGUCCUAUUUGCACAAAAGCUUCAGUCCAAUAGGCUUUAUAUACUUUUAGCAAACUUAAAAGAAUAAAAUUGGUAAUAUUGAAUACACUAAUAGCUUGUUUUUAAAGACUUUAUCAAGUUAAAGAAAAAUAAAUAAGAAAAAUAUAUAUGUUAAAGUAAUGUUUUGUGGAUACUAUUGUGCUCUUUGAAUUGCUGAUUUGACUAUUGCAAGUUAUCUAAAUUAUUAUUAGCUUAUAUGUAUUUAUAAUGGGAAGCAGAAUUUCUCUUAUUAAUUAUUCAAUUUUCCAUUUGCAGAAUAAAACCCCCUCUAUCAGUUCCUUUACCUAAUCAGUGUCGGUCGACGUCUUGCAUACCAACGCCAAAAACUCUGACGAGAUACUGGUCGUACAAAAUUACUGAAGAUAAAGUCGAAGAGAACAACAGAGUAUGGCCUACAGGUUAUGAAUUAUCGCAAGAUCUCGAGAACGCUAGAGUAGAAAUGCUAGAGAAGAAAUAUGGAGGAAGAAAAGCAGCAGGAGAUGCCGCAAAAGUCAUCCAACACGCAUUCAGAUCUUACCAGUUGGCAAAAAAUUUUAGAAGAUUACGUUCAGUAAGCCUAAAUGGAGAGAGGAGGUUAAUGAGUACUAACGAAAAUAUGAAUAAUUCCGAGAAUAAUAUAGAAACGCUGGGAGACGUAAUUGAGUCUUCGGACGAAUACGAAACAGUAUUUAAAGAGGAAAGGACACAAGUAGAAUCACUAAUUAUACAAAGUCCAGUUGGAGAGUCUAGAGAAGAAAAGGUUUAUAAUAAUACAUCUGUUUACCUAAGAAAGAAACGGGAUAGUCAGAGUCCUUCACCCAUUUGGAAGCGAAAGAGCUCCUCGCCAGAAACUGCAGACAGAACAAGUACUGAGGCUGGAGAAACCAGCUCUGACGCUUCGAGUACUCUGAAGUAUACGUAUAACUCGCCAAGAACAUCCGAAGACGAUAGAGAGAUAAGCGAAAUCGAUAAAAAACGAUUAUAUAGAAUUGGUUUAAACUUAUUUAAUAAGAAACCCGAAAAGGGUAUAAAACAUUUAAUUGAACAUAAUUUUUUAAGACCCAACGACGAGGCUAAUACGGCCAAGUUUCUAUUACAUAGAAAAGGUUUAAGUAAACAAAUGAUUGGUGAAUAUCUGGGUACACCAGAAGGUGCUAAGGUUCUAAGAUGUCUACUCCUCAUUAUGAACUUUUCGAAUUUAGCGUUAGAUGUUGCCCUAAGAGCCUUACACUCUUACGUUUCACUCCCAUCAGAAGCUCACAAGAUUGAAAGACUUUUAGAGGCGUUUGCUCAACGCUAUGCCGAAUGCAAUGAUCAAUUAACAAACAAGUUACGAUCUGGUGCUGAUGGACUAUUUGUCUUAUCGUAUGCAAUUAUUAUGUUAAAUACCGAUCUACAUAAAGUAGCUGUACAAAGGAAAACGCAUAGAAAAAUGAAGAAAGAAGAAUUUAUUUCCAAUUUGAAAGGAUGCGAUGGUGGUGCUGACUUUGAUAUGAACCUUUUAAGAGAAAUUUAUGAAAGAAUUUCAGCUCAACAAUUAAAACCUGGUAUUGAUCAUGUCACUCAAGUUACAAAAAUUGAACAAUCUCUCCUAGUCGGAAAGAACAAUGAACGUCCGCCCACCCUUGCAGUACCACAUCGUAGAUUAGUCUGCUAUUGCAGAUUGUUUCAGUUGCAAGACGCAGCAGGAAAAAAGAAAGAUAAACUAAGUCAACGCGAGGUAUUCCUUUUCAAUGACUUGCUGCUUGUUGCUAAGUUGGUAUCGAAGGGAAAGAAGGGAAGAACACAAUACACUUUUAAAUCAGCUCAAUCAUUGUUAGGAGUUCGAAUAGAGAAUUUUGAAUCAAUUCAUUUCGAGCACGGACUUCGAUUAGUUGAAAAUGGAGAUAAACCCAUUAUGGCUUUUGUGGCCAAGAACGCUCACGACAAAGAACGAUUCUUUAGAGAUGUGGCCGAAGCCAUAGCGGAAGUUGGGGAAAUGGAAGCUUUAAGGAUAGAUGCGAACAGAUAUUCCCAUGACUCUGGUAUUGUUGAAUACGACUUAGUUCUUCAUCCUCCUUUUAGCAACGGUGCUGCAAGACCAGUCUCAAAUCCUGAAUCAAGAGGAUCCUUUGAUAGCGGUGUUCAACAAAUGGUUUUUAAUCGAAUAACGGCGCCCUCUAGUGAUACGUUGUAUACAAGUCCAUCAUCAAAUUCAACAUUUACAUCCGCCGCUACUCCUAGGAGUGCUAGCAAAGUAUCCAUUUAGAGGAAGAUAUAAACUUGAUAAAUAAAUGUAUAGAUUCAUAUAUAUAUAUAUAUAUAUAUAUAGCCUUAUAUUUAUAUAUAUACGCAUACGUUUUUCAAAAUAUUUUUCUUAGUCUGAGAUUAUUUUUUUUUAUACAAAGCAUCGUAAAAUUUUUGCGUUUUAACACUUUUUACUGAAAUAUAUUGAACAAUGACAAUGACCUUUUUUUAUUAAAUUAUAUUGUUUUUAUCAACAAAAUCUUACUAUAUCAUUUUAUUUUAGAAAUGAAAGAAUAGAACCUUCGUUAGAAAGUUGCAAAGAAAAAAAAACAGAAAUAUAAACAUUAUCUGUAUAACUCUAAUGUUUCGCUUGAUUGAAAUAGCCGUCAGCGUUCUCUUUGGUCUAGUUUUAAUGUUUUUCUAACAUUAUUCCCUUAAUCAACACAUAUAGUCAUUUGAAAUAUUUACUUUUCUCUCUUCUAAUCUACUAUUUGUAAAAAGAAAAAUAAAGCUUAUUAC